AAGUCUAACAUAUGGGCUUGAGCAGGAGGUGCAGCUGCUAUACUUUCAUUUUGUGGUCCAUCCAAAAUAAUGUAAGAUUUUCAGAUUAAAUCUUGAAAAAUCUUGAAACCAACACCCCCAUGCACCCCAAGGGUUGUACAGGGCUGUGAAGUUACAUUUAUGUAGUUUUAAAUUCAGCACUUUCACCUGGUUGCCGGAGAAAGAUUUGCUGAUAAAAUUAUUUAAGUUGUUGUGUUUAAAAUCGUUGAAGUAUUUUUUGAAUUUCCUGUAUCCCCUUCCAUUGUUGCGUUUAAAAUGCCUGUUUUAUGCUUGGUCUCUCAUGUUAAUAGACAUUUCCUAAAUUUGCUUGAGGUGGUCAAUAAAGCAAAUUCAGGAAAGUUCCUACCCUGUCUUGUAGGUCGGGAUGCAUGGGUUUUCAAUUGACUAGUAGUGAAAUAUCUUGUUUCCAUAUCGAGCAACUGGCUUUAUUACACCUCCAUAAAACCUGGCUUGCUGGUGUGGUUCCUAUAUCAUUCUUCCUUCUGGUCAUUACCCUUAAAUGGUAUUUUAAUCUGCAAUACGUACACUCAGUCCUGGUUGUACGAAGAGUGGUUAGCACUAUCCAGGGGAUAAAUCCUUAUCCUGCAGUGAAUAAGUCGAUGCUGUGAGUCUGAUGUACUGGUUAUCAAGUCUGACCUGCAGAUGUAUUGGGUAGCCUUAACUGCUGGUGCUGGCUUCAUUUUGCCAGCAAUACUAUUCUUUUGGAGACGAAGAAAACCCAAAUCAUUUAAAAUAAAAGAGCUAGCGAGGAAUGGAAUCCCUGAGGAAAGUGUUGCUUAUGAAGUAGUAGAUCUGAACAUUCCAAGGCUAAGUGGAAAAGCAAUGGUCAUAGUAAAGAGGCUUUGUUCAAUAACGUUCAUAAAGAAUAUCUUAGGAGCUCAGAGCAUAAGACAAUCUAAACUGGAUCUUCUAAGAUCUAUUGAUAUACCAGAUUGUCCAACCAUUACCCCUUUACCCUUGGAAACAUGGAACCCUCCACCAGUAGAUGACAGACCUAUUGAUUUUGAGAAGUACUUGAAAACAGCAAGAAGAAGCAAGAGUUCUCCCUUCAAGUUCCUUAGUAUUGCAGAAUUGACAAGGGCUUACAGGAACAAAGAAGUAACUCCUUCUGAUGUUGCCAAUAAUAUUAUCCAGGGUAUCAGAGAUUCUGAAAAAAGAACACCAAAAAUGAACAUAUUUACUCAAUAUGACCCUGAUGAGAUCAGAAAACUUGCUAAAGCAUCUACUAAGAGAUAUGAGAAGAAUAAACCACUCUCUUUCUUGGAUGGGGUGCCAGUUGGACUAAAAGAAGAAUUUGAUGUGAUUCCAUAUUAUAUGCAAAAUGGGACAACAUUCUGGUCAAGCAAAUCAUGUAAAACAGAUGCCUCUUUGGUAAAAAAGCUUAGAGAUGGUGGAGCUAUGAUCAUUGGAAUGACAAACAUGCAUGAAAUAGGCAUAGGAGUUACUGGAAAUAAUGCACACAGCUCUCAUGGUACACCAAGAAACCCUUACAAUGUGAACCAUUAUACUGGAGGGAGUUCAAGUGGGUCUGCUGCAGCAGUAGCCUCAGGAUUAUGUCUUGUUGCUCUUGGGACGGAUGGUGGAGGAUCUAUACGCAUGCCAUCAGGGGCAUGUGGCGUGGUAGGAAUCAAAGCAUCAUAUGGACGAAUCAAUACUGCUGGUGUAGUGCAUACUUGUCAUACUGUCACACAUGCAGGUCCCAUUUGCAAUUCUGUAAAUGAUGCUGCUAUUGUUUAUGGUAAGUAUUAGUGUGACAGAGUCAAAAGACACUAUUUUGGACAGUAAU